UCCCCUCCAUGAGGAGUUCCUUUCUGCUCUCUCUCUCUGAAACCAUACUGCUGCUUGCUUGCUUAUUUAUUUAUUUAUUUAUUUAUUUAUUUAUUUAUUUAUUUAUUUAUUUAUUUAUUUAGUUCACUUCUUUCAAUGGAUCUGUACGCCUCAGCUCUGUCCCCGGCGCUGGACAUCGGCACAGGCUGCUACCUGCUGGUUUUAACUGUGCUCUCCAUUGUUGGAAACCUGCUGGUCCUCAUCAUGGCUUUCAAACGAUCAGCGAGGAUGAAGCCUCCGGAGCUGCUGAGUGUGAAUCUGGCUGUGACGGACCUGGGAGCGGCUGUCACCAUGUACCCGCUGGCCGUAGCCUCUGCCUGGAGCCACCACUGGCUCGGUGGGGAUGCUUCCUGCGUUUACUACGGCCUGGCGGGCUUUUUCUUUGGCAUCGCCAGCAUCAUGAACCUCACCGUGUUGGCCAUCGUGCGCUUCAUUGUGUCCCUCAAUCUGCACUCUACUGGGGAGAAAAUCAGUUGGAAGAAGGUGAAGAUUCUAUGCAUAUGGAUCUGGCUGUACGCUCUGAUCUGGGCUCUGUUCCCCAUUCUGGGCUGGGGCCGCUAUGGGCCGGAGCCCUUCGGCCUGUCCUGCUCACUGGCUUGGGGACAGAUGAAACAGGAGGGCUUCUCGUUCGUCGUCUCUUUGUUCUCCGUCAAUCUGCUCGUGCCUUGUGUCAUCAUCAUCUGCUGCUACUUUGGCAUCGCUUUGAAGCUUUACUUCACCUACAAGAAGUCCAUGAGCAGCAAUCAUGUUUCCAAUAUUGUUAAGCUUCACAGAAGGCUGCUAAUUAUUGCUGUUUUAAUCAGCGUAGGUUUUAUAGGCUGCUGGACGCCAUACGGUUUGGUGAGCUUGUGGUCCAUUUUCAACGACAGCAGCAAAAUCUCGCCUGAAGUCAGUCUGCUGCCCUGCAUGUUCGCCAAGAGCUCCACUGUGUACAACCCCUUGAUCUACUACUUCUUCAGCCAGAGCUUCAAGCGGGAAGUGAAGCAGUUGGGGUGGAUGUGCUUAGGCUCCAACCAAUGCCACGAAUCCAGCAGCAGCAUCAACGAGAACAACAUAUACAUGGUCAGUGUGAACGUGAAGAGUAAGGAAAUACCACAGGAAACUGUGCAGGAGAUGAUAGAGCCGAGARUGACUUUGAAUUAACAGACUUAUAAGACUGGGAGAGGUAUUACGAAGGUCUCUGAUAGUAAGAAUGGAUGAAAUGUGGCACAAUGUUUAAAUGCUAUGAAUGUUCAGCCAAGCUUGGAGUUGGCAAACCUCUUUGCACCAUCGUAGCCCAGAAACUCCAUAAGUGUCACACAGCAAAACCUGAGAGACCACAGCCACAAGGGAUCAAAAACAAAAAAACACAGACCUACUAAAGAAAAAGGUCGUUUGGAGUAACAGCAAUUAUAAACAAGCACUAAAGAAGCACUAAGGACUUCAAUCAUUUCAGCUUUAUGUUGUGAAAGAACUAAGUUUUCAGGUUUUGUUUCUAAUACCUGUUUGAUGAUGGACAUCCUUGUGGCCCAAGUGGAUCUGGUACCUAAAAGAUCAUCGCAGACAGGCGUGGGCCAGAUCUGGUGUCAAGCUGGCUGGGAUUGCAAGUGGUUUGUCAACAGGAUGUGGGCCAGGUCAGGCAAUGACGGUACUGUUUUUAAAAGUGGCAUGCCAUAACUGGCCCAGUUGUGGUUCGGUUUGUGUUGUGCAGGCCCAUGCACGGACCACCUCUAAUCACAUCUGGGCCACAAAAUGGCCAUAAUUCUUUGCGGUAUCUGUGCUGAUUGUUAGUGUUUAGUGCAAUGUGUGCACAAAGUUUUUGAAACAGAAAUCCAAAAUACAGUGGUUUGCAAAAGUAUUCAUACCCCU